AUGAAUGAGCUUGCUGCUAACUGCUUGGGACCCCCUGCAAUAGGAGAGCAGAAGGACUUUGAAGUCUACAGCUGCCACAUCUCGCCCGAUGGCUCGAGACUGGCCACUGCGGGCGGUGAUGGCCACGUCCGCGUUUGGUCGACCGAGUCCAUCUACAGCUCCGACGACAAGACCUACACGAAGCCUCGACAGCUCUGCCACAUGAGCCAUCACCUCGGUACCAUUCACACCGUUCGCUUCUCACCAAACGGCCGCUACCUGGCGUCCGGCGCCGAUGAUAAGGUCAUAUGCAUAUACCAACUUGACAGCAGUCCGCCGUCUCAUGUCGCCUCGUUUGGCACAAACGAGCCUCCACCCGUCGAGAACUGGAAGACCUACAAGCGUCUCAUCGGCCACGACAACGAUGUACAAGAUCUGGCAUGGUCCUACGAUAACUCCCUGCUGGUGUCUGUGGGGCUCGACUCGAAGGUCGUGGUAUGGUCAGGGCACACAUUUGAGAAGCUUAAGACGCUGGCAGUGCACCAGAGCCAUGUCAAGGGCAUCACCUUCGACCCCGCAAACAAGUACUUUGCCACGGCGAGCGACGACCGCACCAUCAAGAUCUUCCGCUUCACUCCCCCGGCGCCGAAUGCCACCCAGCACGACAUGGUUAACAACUUUGUCCUGGAGACGAGCAUCAGCACCCCCUUCAAGAGCUCGCCGCUCACGACGUACUUUCGACGGUGUUCCUGGUCUCCGGACGGCAACCACAUUGCGGCCGCAAACGCCGUCAACGGGCCGGUCAGUUCGGUUGCUAUUAUCGAGCGAACACGGUGGGACAGUGAGAUCAACCUGAUUGGACACGAGGGGCCGACGGAGGUGUGCAUGUUCUCUCCCAGACUGUUCUACACGAAGAAGCCCCCUGAGAGCGGGGUGACGAACGGUCACAGCUCGGCCGGGCUGGUCACGGUGAUUGCAUCGGCGGGACAGGAUAAAACCCUGAGCAUAUGGAAUACGAAUACAUCUCGGCCUCUCGUGAUUCUUCAGGAUCUAGCGUCAAAGUCGAUAUCCGAUUUAGCGUGGACCCCUGAUGGACAGACGUUGUUCAUAUCCAGUCUCGACGGCGGUAUCAUUGCAGUCAAGUUCGAGGUCGGUGAGCUGGGAUGGGUAGCUAAGGCUGAAGAGAACGACAAGGCACUUCAGAAGUACGGCGCAUCGCGGAAGGGCAUGGGAAUCGCGGAGGAUGUUGAAGGUCUCAUCUUGGAGGACCACAGCAAAGCUGGUGAGCUGCGUGGAGCCGAGUCGCGCAUGGGAGCCCUCAUGGGCGACCUGCAUCCGGGGACGAAAGAAUCAACCCCGACUACGAACGGGGUCAAGGCAGGUGGCAAGACGCCCGAGACAAACGGCGACUCGGAAAAGUCGAAGGACAAGGAGAAGGAGGCUGACAAGGACAAGCCGACCGAAGAAAGUGCAGACAAGACCGCGGAGAGGAUAAAUAUCCUCAAGUCGCGGGUGACGAUCACCAAGGAUGGUAAGAAGCGAGUUGCGCCUCUUCUCGUCUCUUCCUCGGGCACUGGCACCUCCUCCUUACCGCAGACCCAGUUCGUUGGAGCAAGCUCAACAAAAGCCACGCAGAAUGACGCGCCUCAAACCAUUCUUGACUUGUCAAAGCCCUUCGACGGCCUUCCUCGAGGAGGUCUGGCGGCGAUGCUUCUAGGAAACAAGCGCAAGGCUGUUGCUAUCGAGGGUGAGGAUGAGGAAGAUCAUGUCAGCAAGCGCCCGGCAUCAGGGCCUACGCCAAUAGUGAUCAAUGGCGUCGACGGCUUAGAACAUGCAGUGCUACAGCCACCUGCACAGGGUGUUGUGUCAACCCCUGAAUUCCUUCGACCGGCUGUCCUGAACCCCUCAAUAGCCAUCUCGCAAGUAAGGCUAGCGGUUCCCAAGGUCAGGUCACACAUCCUAAGACCCCUAGAACGCGGCGUCUUGCAAGGAGAGAGCACGCUGGAGGAUGCUUCGAAAGUUCCGGAGAACAUCAUCUUAGAAGCCAAGAACCCUGUACAGAUCAAGGACCCUUCUCACAUUCUAGCCACCAAGCGGGGCGUCCUGCUGUGGCAAGAUUACCUACCGAAGGCUGUUAUCCUGGUUACAGGAAACAAGAACUUCUGGGCAGCCGCUUGUGAGGAUGGUAGUGUUUAUGUCUGGACGCCUGCUGGUCGACGUCUCAUCAACUCAAUGAUUCUCGAGUCACAACCUAUAAUACUCGAAUGCCGAGAACACUGGCUCCUGUGCAUAACAGCCGUCGGUCUAGCACACGUUUGGAACAUCAAGACUCUCAAAUCACCACAUCCCCCUGUCAGCCUUGCCCCCAUUCUGGAAAUUGCAAUACAUUCCCUUCACGCGCACGCGGCGACGCCAGCACCCGGGGUGACGUCUGCACAUCUUAACUCAACCGGCAACAUUGUUGUCACUUUAAGUAAUGGUGAUGGCUACUUCUAUUCCCGCGACAUGUACACCUGGCAGCGACUCUCCGAGUCAUGGUGGGCUGUCGGCAGUCAGUACUGGAACAGCAAUGACUCCUCUGUCAGUGCGCUGCAGUCAACAGCUGUGGGCCCCGUCACAGCACCAGCGAAGGAUGGCGUCAAUGGAGACGACGCAAACGUGUCUGCGGGCAUCAUCCCCUUCCUUGAGCGGCACACCACGAACGAGUUCAUGCUCAAGGGCCGGGCGUACACGCUCCAGCGACUCAUCAAGGCACUCCUUUCCAAGGAUGGAUUCGAGGACUUCGAGAGCAGCGUCAGCAUCGCGCAUCUGGAGAAUCGGAUUGCCGGCACACUGCAGCUCGGAUCACGAGAGGAGUUCAGGCUGUACCUCUUCAUGUAUGCUAAACGCAUUGGUGCUGAGGGCCUUCGAGGCAAGGUUGAGGAGUUGCUCAAUAGCCUUCUUGGAGGUGUACUUCAAGAGAAGAGGCAAGAUAAGAACGACGAGGGCACGGGCUGGUAUGGAAAGGGCGACGAGAUUUGCGGCUGGGGUAGAAAGGAAUUACUAAAAGGAGUUGUGAUGAUACUUGGAAAAUUCCGCGAUCUACAAAGACUCACUGUGCAGUACGCACGUGUACUAGACUUGACGGUGGAGGACGAUGGCUCUGGAGACGCCAUGGCCCUAGAGUCCUAA